AUGGAUCCAGCAGAGGCUAUAGGGCUGGCAGAUACAGGACAGGAGGCUGAGGAGUCAGAGUAUUCUAACUCUCUCCUGAGACCUGUUCUCUUGGGAGAAGUGGAGGGUGUACAGCAGAUUUUUGAGGACCCAGAGGACCCCAACUAUGAAAAAGCCAUGCAACUGCUGUUGGAAAAGGACGUUAUUGGCAGAGACCUGCUGUAUGCAGCAUGCAUGGUUGGACAAAGCGAAGUCAUCAGAGCACUGGCCAAAUACAGGCUGGACAAGAAAGAUAAAACAGACAGAAGUUACACACUCCUUCACUGUACUGCCGCAUGGGGACAACUAGAAACUUUGAAAAUUCUGGUAGAACUGGGAGCUGAUAUUGUAGCAACCGCUUUCUGAGGUGAAAAGGCCCGAGAUAUUGCCUGCCGCUAUGGCCAGGCUGAGUGCGUCGACUUCCUGGACUGGUCAGAUACUGUACAGAUAAAGAACAGAGGAUGUAAAGGACUACUUUGAUGCUAAUACACAGGAUAUCCAUCCAUCCUUUGGUUGUUUCCAG